AUGCCCCUGGAUGGCAUAUGCAGGCAUUCGGACAAGCUGCAUGGUCUCGUGUUGAUUCUGAUGCAGAACGGCAUGCGAGACAUUGAUUACGAGGAUUAUGACACGGGAGUCAAGACCCAAAGCGGGAGUCAAGACCGCGCAAGGCUGGCCAUCCAACGGUCCUCGCCGCCCCGCAUCAGCCAACCCCGAGAUCUCGGCUUCCAAAAUCCCCGGCAGUGAUUGUUCAGUGGGCAGCACCAGGGACCCUGGACCCUGUCCCGUCACUCAUCGCAGAUCAUCUACCGUCAAAGACGACGUCGACACCGCUCGGGACAAUUCCAUCCCGUCAACAGAUGCUAUCAUCAAUGAGCUUGCGCGGCCCCUACCUGCUUGCUACCUUUGUCUAAAGCAAUAUCAGGUCAUAACAUUGCUUUCCAACCAUGAGGUGGCAGCCAAGCCAAGGGUUAUCGCACGACAUUCUUUUGACCCCUCGGAAACAGUAGGAUGCCGAGGAGUCGACCACUGGAGCGCGCAAUCGAUGUCGCCACCCGCUACCUCCAGCCUUACAGAGGAUACUGACGGUGUAACCGGUGAGGUUUACUUCUGUUGGCAACCGACAUGGCGCAAACUGGCAGGCGCCCGCUCUCGAGGUACCUGCUGCUGCCAAUGCAGUACCGUCUCGAUUUGGCUUGGCGAGACCUGUCAGGCAACCAGGCUUGCAGAAAAAAGGCAUGCGCAAGCUCACGAGGGCAAAACACGAUGUUUCAAGUCCCCAGAAUGGGAACUGGCCUUUUGUGACACUGCAACACAGAGACCACCACUGAAGUGUGAUCGGUUUAUGCUCCCGAAGUCCGCUUGCCAGCGUCUUUUUGAACUGCCCAGCCCCUGAAAUUCCCCGCGCAAGCCGAAUUGUCAGCUCUCAUUGGAGGCAGGCGAUAUGCAAAAGGCCUUGCGGGCACGUCGUCAUGCAUGAAACAACGUCGUGUCUCUGUCCUCAUUUUCCCGUUUAGAAAUAAGCGAACCGGAUGCCGUCGCUUCAGCCAUUCGUCUCACCGGAUCCAUCAUGGCUUUCCAAUCAGGUGCUAUCUCGGCUUCUUG